UUCCCCUAAAAACGCCUCCAAAGCGUGGAGGCGGUCGCCGAGGACCAAGAAGAGAAGGCGGCAGGGAGGGAGGCGGUGGUGGAGGCGGCGAAGGCAUUGGACAAGCAGUGUUGACUAGGGGGACCAAGCCGGGAGAGGCAGCGUCGCGCGUCUUGGUGGGGAGCGCCUGCAGCCUGCAGGGGACCAGCGUGUGAACGUGGCUGGCCGGCUGUGGACCUUGUCCUCUCCACGAUGGUCUGGCUCCUUUUGAUUUUCUUCCCAGCGAUCAUUUUGGAGAUGCCCCUUCUCCCCAGAAGCCCCGGCAGGAAAGUGUUGCUGGCGGGAGCGUCUUCGCAGCGCUCGGUGGCCAGAAUGGACGGAGAUGUCAUUAUUGGGGCUCUCUUCUCAGUCCACCAUCAGCCUCCGGCGGAGAAGGUGCCCGAGAGGAAGUGCGGGGAGAUCAGGGAGCAGUACGGCAUCCAGAGGGUGGAGGCCAUGUUCCACACGCUGGACAAGAUCAAUGCGGACCCGGUGCUCCUGCCCAACAUCACCCUGGGGAGCGAGAUCCGGGACUCCUGCUGGCACUCGUCGGUGGCUCUGGAGCAGAGCAUCGAGUUCAUCAGGGACUCUCUGAUUUCCAUUCGAGACGAAAGGGAUGGGCUCAACCGGUGCCUGCCUGAUGGCCAGUCCCUCCCCCCAGGCAGGACUAAGAAGCCCAUCGCGGGCGUGAUCGGUCCCGGCUCCAGCUCUGUAGCGAUUCAAGUGCAGAACCUGCUUCAGCUCUUCGACAUCCCCCAGAUCGCUUAUUCCGCCACGAGCAUCGACCUGAGUGACAAAACUUUGUACAAAUACUUCCUGAGGGUUGUCCCUUCUGACACUUUGCAGGCAAGGGCGAUGCUUGACAUAGUCAAGCGUUACAAUUGGACGUAUGUUUCUGCAGUCCACACAGAAGGAAAUUAUGGGGAGAGUGGAAUGGACGCAUUCAAAGAGUUGGCUGCCCAGGAAGGCCUUUGCAUCGCCCAUUCUGACAAAAUCUACAGCAACGCUGGGGAGAAGAGCUUUGACCGACUCUUGCGCAAGCUCCGAGAGAGGCUUCCCAAGGCCAGAGUGGUGGUGUGCUUCUGCGAGGGCAUGACCGUGCGAGGCCUCCUUAGUGCCAUGCGGCGCCUGGGUGUCGUGGGCGAGUUCUCCCUCAUUGGAAGUGAUGGAUGGGCAGACAGAGAUGAAGUCAUUGAAGGUUAUGAGGUGGAAGCCAACGGGGGAAUCACGAUAAAGCUGCAGUCUCCAGAGGUCAGAUCAUUUGAUGAUUAUUUCCUGAAACUGAGGCUGGACACUAAUACAAGGAAUCCAUGGUUCCCUGAGUUCUGGCAACAUCGGUUCCAGUGCCGCCUACCAGGACACGUUCUGGAAAACCCCAACUUUAAAAGAAUCUGCACAGGCAACGAAAGCUUGGAAGAAAACUACGUGCAGGACAGCAAGAUGGGGUUCGUCAUCAACGCCAUCUACGCCAUGGCUCACGGGCUACAGAACAUGCACCACGCGCUCUGCCCGGGCCACGUGGGCCUGUGCGACGCCAUGAAGCCCAUUGACGGCAGCAAGCUGCUCGACUUCCUCAUCAAGUCCUCCUUCAUCGGUGUGUCUGGGGAGGAGGUGUGGUUUGACGAGAAGGGGGACGCUCCUGGAAGGUAUGACAUCAUGAAUCUGCAGUACACAGACGCUAAUCGCUAUGAUUACGUACAUGUUGGCACCUGGCAUGAAGGAGUGCUGAACAUCGAUGAUUACAAAAUCCAGAUGAACCGGAGCGGGAUGGUCCGGUCUGUGUGCAGUGAGCCUUGCUUGAAGGGACAAAUUAAGGUCAUAAGGAAAGGAGAAGUGAGCUGCUGCUGGAUUUGCACGGGCUGCAAAGAGAAUGAGUAUGUGCAAGAUGAGUUCACUUGCAAAGCCUGUGACCUGGGGUGGUGGCCCAAUGUAGAUCUGACCGGCUGUGAGCCCAUCCCUGUCCGCUACCUUGAGUGGAGCAACAUAGAGUCCAUCAUCGCCAUCGCCUUUUCUUGCUUGGGCAUCCUUGUUACCUUGUUUGUUACCCUCAUCUUCGUACUAUACCGGGACACACCGGUGGUCAAAUCCUCCAGCCGGGAGCUCUGCUACAUCAUCCUGGCUGGAAUCUUCCUGGGUUACGUGUGCCCCUUCACGCUCAUUGCCAAACCUACCACCACAUCCUGCUACCUCCAGCGCCUCCUUGUCGGCCUCUCCUCUGCCAUGUGCUACUCAGCGUUAGUGACCAAAACCAACCGCAUCGCACGCAUCCUGGCUGGCAGCAAGAAGAAGAUCUGCACCCGGAAGCCCCGGUUCAUGAGUGCCUGGGCCCAGGUGAUCAUUGCCUCGAUUCUGAUCAGCGUGCAGCUGACUCUGGUGAUAACCCUGAUCAUCAUGGAGCCGCCCAUGCCCAUUCUGUCCUACCCAAGUAUCAAGGAGGUCUACCUUAUCUGCAAUACCAGCAACCUGGGUGUAGUGGCUCCUUUGGGCUACAAUGGGCUCCUCAUCAUGAGCUGCACCUACUAUGCCUUCAAGACCCGCAAUGUGCCCGCCAACUUCAACGAGGCCAAAUACAUCGCCUUCACCAUGUACACCACCUGCAUCAUCUGGCUAGCUUUUGUGCCCAUUUACUUUGGGAGCAACUACAAGAUCAUCACGACCUGCUUUGCAGUGAGCCUGAGUGUAACGGUGGCCCUGGGGUGCAUGUUCACUCCCAAGAUGUACAUCAUUAUUGCCAAGCCCGAGAGGAAUGUCCGCAGUGCCUUCACCACCUCCGACGUAGUCCGCAUGCACGUGGGCGAUGGCAAGCUGCCCUGCCGCUCCAACACUUUCCUCAACAUUUUCCGAAGAAAGAAGCCAGGGGCAGGGAACACCAAUUCUAAUGGCAAGUCUGUGUCAUGGUCUGAACCAGGUGGAAGACAGGUGCCCAAGGGACAGCACAUGUGGCACCGCCUGUCUGUGCACGUGAAGGCCAAUGAGACGGCCUGCAACCAAACGGCCGUCAUCAAGCCCCUCACUAAAAGUUACCAAGGCUCGGGCAAGAGCCUGACCUUUUCAGAUACCAGCACCAAGGCCCUUUACAACGUGGAGGAGGAGGACGCCCAGCCGGUCCGCUUCAGCCCUCCCGGCAGCCCUUCCACGGUGGUGCACCGGCGCGGGCCCCCCGCGGCGACCACCCCGCCCCUGCCGCCGCACCUGCCGGCCGAGGAGACGCCCCUCUUCCUGGCCGAGCCCGCGCUCCCCCAGGGCCUGCCCCCUCCUCUCCCGCAGCAGCCGCAGCAGCAGCCCCCGCAGCCGCAGAAGUCCCUGAUGGAGCAGCUGCACGGAGUGGUCAGCAACUUCGCCACCGGGAUCCCGGAUUUCCACGCCGUGCUGGCAGGCCCCGGGGGGCCCGGGAGCGGGCUGCGGCCCUUGUACCCGCCGCCGCCGCCGCCCCAGCACCUGCAGAUGCUGCCGCUGCAGCUGAGCGCCUUCGGGGAGGAGCUGGCGUCCCCACCGGGAGAGGACGAGGACGACAGCGAGCGGUUCAAGCUCCUCCAGGAGUACGUGUACGAGCACGAGCGGGAGGGGAACACGGAGGAGGACGAGCUGGAAGAGGACGAGGAGGACGCGCAGGCGGCCAGCAAACUGACCCCGGAGGAUUCACCUGCCCUGACGCCGCCGUCGCCCUUCCGAGACUCGGUGGCGUCGGGCAGCUCCGUGCCCAGCUCCCCAGUGUCCGAGUCGGUGCUCUGCACCCCUCCCGACGUGUCCUACGCCUCGGUCAUUCUGCGGGACUACAAGCAAAGCUCUUCCACCCUGUAGAGGGGAGGGGUCCCCGUGGGAAAGGAGAGAAGCCAGGGAGCACCCUCACCUCCGGGGGUGUGUGCGAGGCUGGGCGGAGAAGCGAGCGAGGAGGGCUGGGUCGGGAGCCAGGAGGACGCUGCUGCCGCGGCCGCCGCCCUAAGUGAGGCGACAGGGAAAGACCCCUAGCAAAAGUGAUCCAGGCCAGGAUUCUGAUUCUUGAGUUAUUCAGAAGCCUUCUCUGGGAAGAAAGGGAAUUCUGACAAAGCACAAGUCCAUAUGGUAUGUAACUUUUAUAGCAAAAAAUAAAACAAACAAAUAC